CGCCAAUAUAAACUCACCGACUGCCUAUACUGUGCUGUUGUCUUUUACCAUUUUGGAAUUUCAAACAUGUUGCAGACACGUCUUGGAUUUGGUGCUCUUCGUCAAAGCUCUAUUUUAUUUGCUGCUAGACCGUUUACUACUAGUUCCGUAAGACAAAUAUUCCCUCCUCCUCCUCAAUCCAUCAAGGGGACAGUCAAUGAUGCUGCAGUAUUUCCUCCUCCUAGUAAGCUUCAUGGAAGCUAUCACUGGAAUUUCGAACGUAUCGUUGCAAUUGCCAUGGUCCCACAAGUUAUGAUGCCUCUCUUCGCUGGUACAUCUCAUCCUCUUUUGGAUGCCGCCCUUGCUUGCACUAUGAUUACACACGCUCAUUUAGGAUUUGAGUCAUGUAUCAUUGACUAUUUCCCUAAGCGAAGAUUCCAUCGUAUUGGCCCUCUUAUGCAUUGGAUCCUCCGUGGCUUCACUGUCCUUACUCUCAUUGGCGUUUAUGAAUUUAACACGAACGAUAUAGGCUUGACCGAGGGCAUUAAGAAACUUUGGAAAGCAUAAUUAUGUAGCUUGUUUGUUUUCCUGUGUCCUUUUAGGUAAAUUUCUCCCAUUGGAGUCUUGAUUUUUUAUUUUAUUUUUAUUUUUUUUACCUUUUCAUCUAGUAUAAUAAUUCAAGGUUAUUCAAUGUCCCCCCUCAAUGAAAAGUUUUACGUUUGCAAACCUUUUUUUUUUUCUUCCUUGCCUAACCCCAAAUUGUCGUUUCUUCUCUCGAUUUUAAUAACGCAUACAAGUGAUUGCAUGUUCACAAUGGUUCGAGUCGUCCUCCUUACAGGUUUUCGUUCUAAGAGAUUUCAUUGAGUUCGUUGUCUUUUUUUUUCAGUUUUUGUUUAUUUUACAUUUCCUUUGCCGUGCUCGUUUAUUCUUCCUCUCUUUGUACCUUUGGAAACACACUGCUGAUCCAUUCCUUUGCUACGUAACGUUUCUUAAAAGAAAACAUCCAAUUUCUCUUACCUCUCACUAAUUUUUGUUUAAGCAAGUUGCUGCAUCACUGUAUGUUUGAUUCUGAAUUUGGCGUAUCCAUUCCUAUAAUAGAUACGACAGCCCAACGAUUAUAUAUAAGGAAACAAAGUAGAAACUGCUAUUCAGGAACGAAAAUCUUAUGAAUGAGACGAUAUCGGAUAUGUUUAGGCAAUCAGAGCUUGUAGAUUAUUUGGGAUUCGAAAUUUCAAAUAUAUCAAUCAAUUUAAUAGUUUUCUCUUAUUCCA